UUUCAGGAGACCAGAAUAGAAGAAAAAAGAACAGAAGUUUGUGAUCUCUCCUUUCUCUGAAACAACGUCAGCUGUCAGUUUUCACCUAUCUUCUCUGUCUUUAGUUUGGUGGCGUAGAAGUGAUAGAUACAUCGUCAAGAUGUCUUUGGUGAUACCAGAAAAGUUUCAACACAUUCUCCGUAUCCUCGGUACUAAUAUCGAUGGAAAAAGGAAUGUUAUGUUCGCCCUCACCGCCAUCAAAGGUGUUGGUCGUCGUUACUCUAACAUAAUCUUGAAAAAAGCCGAUGUUGACUUGAAAAAAAGGGCAGGAGAGUGCACCGAUGAAGAAGUUGAGAAAAUCAUUACCAUCAUGUCCAACCCAAGACAAUAUAAAAUCCCUGAUUGGUUUUUGAACAGACAAAAGGAUAUUGUUGACGGAAAAUACUCUCAACUCACCUCAUCCGCCUUGGACUCAAAACUCCGUGAAGAUUUAGAACGAUUGAAAAAGAUCCGUGCUCACAGAGGUUUGCGUCACUACUGGGGUCUCAGAGUGAGAGGCCAGCAUACCAAAACCACUGGUAGACGUGGUAGAACUGUGGGUGUGUCCAAGAAGAAGUGAUUUUAUUUAGUAAUAAUAAAGAUUCUUUAAAAUCCA